UUUUUUUUCAAGGCUGCUGGUAUAUCCCAGCCAAUUGAUGCAAGAUUAAAAGAAGAAAUAUUUACAUCGUCUGAAUUUAUAACUAGUGUUGAUGAAAUGCGUAGGAGAUUAGAAAUCAUUGUGACAAGAGAAAUUUUUAAAAAUAGUAUAUGUCCAUCUAAAUCAAAUAAAAGGUUCUUCCCAUCCAAAAAAACUAUUCGUUCUUACAUGUUGGAAGCAAUAAGAAAGAAAAGGUAUUCAAAUAUUGACCAAGAAUGUCUUAUAAAAAAAGUAGAACAAUGGAAAGUUGAAAAUCCUCACAGAAGAUUUUACCUUCAACCUAAAGGGAUAAGUGAAAAUUAUGCAGUCAAAGUUGAAUGCUCAGCUGUCGAAAGCACCGAAGAUGAGGAUGAGAUUGUUGUAGAAGCAUUAACCAAUAGUUUUUUAUUUGUUUAUCAAACUGAAGAAAUGCGGAGGUUGUUAAAAAUAUAUGGCAAUGAAAUUACCCUUUUGGAUACCACUUACAAAACAACAAAAUAUUCUUUACCACUCUUUUUUCUUGUUGUAAAAACCAAUGUCGAUUAUCAGAUAGUUGGUACCUUUAUUUGUGAAGGAGAGUCAACGAAAAAUAUUCAAAGUGGUCUUGCUAAAAUAAAAGAAUGGAAUCCUAAUUGGAAUCCUUUAUAUUUUAUGGUUGAUUGUUGUGCUGAAGAAAUUAAUGCUAUUGAGUCUUUACAUCAAGAGGUGGGCAUACUUAUAUCGUAAAGACAGAUUAAUGGUCAGUAUCAAUACUAACAAUGGAGUUGAACGUCAAAAUGAAACCUUCAAACAUUCAUAUCUGAAAAAGCAUAGUAACUCUUGUUUAUCAACCAUGCUUACUAUUCUUAUUGAAAACUACUUUCCAGAUUUAUAUAAUAGGUAUUGUGAAAUUAAUACAAGACAAAGUGGAAAUUUCCGCCGAUAUAGUUCAUACUUACCCACAUUUUUGCAUCAUAGACCAAGACACUUUGUUAAACAUUGCUUGCAAAAGAUGUCUCUAGCUUCGCAUAUUGAUCUGUCUGGAGUUUUUGUAAAAGAGACAGGAAAAUUUGCAUGUUCAUCUUUUGCAAACUCUGCUGAGUUCCAUCAUAUUAGCUUUGGCGAUUCAGUCACUAUGCCGAAUUGCACUUGCCAAGAUUGGAAAAGAACUGGGUAUCUUUGCAAGCAUUUCUUUGCAGUUUUUAAUAAAUUUCCCUCAUGGUCUUGGUACAAUUUAUCCCAAUUAUACAUUUACUCACCAUUUUUGAACUUGGAUAAAGAAAUUUCUUUUGAAAGAAAACCUUUAUUACCACAAAAUGAACUGUUACUUACAAACAACAAAGUAGAAGACAGAGAAGCUGAUUGUAGCAUAAAAUAACCCUGAACAAGGUAUUCAUUUACAGCCUGUUAAAAAUAAUAAACGUCAGUUGCAAGUAUUAAGCAUUCCCUUAAGAAAAAAAGUUGCAUUAUAUUCAGGGCGGCAUGGAAUUGGUGCAGAAAAGUUGAGAGCCUCAAGCAGUUUAAAAAUUGAAGUAAAUAAAAAUCAUGGAGUCCUAGUUAAAUCUGAAGAAA